GGGAUCGGCAUGGAGAUGGUGAAAUGCUGACAGCCAGCAGUUGUCUUUGUUUAGCCAAGUGUCGAAUAAGUUGUGCCACGUGGUCGUGCGAGCGAAAGCCGGCGGGGGAGGAAAGGAGAACGAAGAGGCGAAGGAAGCGGGAGGCGGGGGAGGAAAGGAGAACGAAGAGGCGAAGGAAGCGGGAGGACAAGAGGUAGAGGCGCGGGAGGAACUUUUGCCGGACGAAAUGUCGCCAUUGCUUUAGUUCCAAAGACCCUGGUUUGAAUUACGGUCAGAUUCGUGAACGCAGAACGGUCGGAUGCAGCCAAGGCAGUAAGGCCUUGAGUGUGCGGAGUAGAGGGGAACGGGCGUCCGCGCGCACCCGGAGCACGUCGAGAUCGCGCUGUCCUCUUCUCUUCUUGGUCCGUAGUCGGUCGCUUGGCCUUUUCCUUUGCGCCAGGCCAGCCACGUCAGAGAGUGCUUACCCACCUUGUAAAAAUCGGCAGCCCGCCAGACACCACCUCUAGAUAGGAAGGAAGUCUUCGCGGCUUGUGUGCCUGUCGCGCACGUGGGGGGUGAUAUACAGAAGGGAAAAGGGCGGGGGGGGGGGGGGGGGGGGGGGAGGACGAGGUGUCUGGUCGAAAAUGGUGAUGGUGAAUGUCGGUCUGAAGUUGGUGGCGUAGUUGGGUGUAGUCCGAUGUAGGAGAGGUCUUUCUGGCAAAGAAGGAAAGAUUUUGUGCCGAUUUAGGAAAGUGAGGAGGACGUGGUACUGGCGGGACGAUGGCGGUGGGGGCGCGAUUGGGAGUCCAUUUUAACCCCAGUCUCUGCUCAGCGCCAAUAGAUCCCGGCCUGCGAACGAGGCAAUCAAGCGGGUGGGAUAUCGCGAAACGUGGAGCCGCCUCGUGUCACGCAGGAGCAGGACUCAAUUCGAGCGCACGUUUGGCGGGAAAAGAGAGCAGCAGCGCGCUUGUCGAUCGCGCGGGAGGUCGAGUCAAUGCGGGGGCACUGGGUGGUGACGCCAACCGCGAUGGACAGGCUGGAUGGGCGGCGGCGGCGGCGGCGGCAAAUGGACCGGUUUUGGCGGGAACGAAGGUCACGACGCGGCCCGGGGGAGGUAGCCGACAGAGUUCGGCGCUCGAUCAGCUGCUGAGGCCGCAGCCAGUGGUGCCAGGUCAGAAGGAGGCGGCGGCGGCACUUGCGCCAACGACAAGCGGGAAUGGGAAAGGCGCGGGCGCCAAGGUGGAUAAAGUUGACGACAAGAAAAAAGGGCGAAACAUCCUGGGUGUACACGUGAAAUCGGGUAGAUUGGUCAAGCUGCGUCGAGUGUCCCACAAAUUUGGGAGUCUGAGGUGGAUGGUCUCAAGACUCUCAACCAAGCCUUCUGUCGCAAGGUUCCUUGUCCCUAUGGGGGGGCAGUUUAAGUCAGUAAGGGAUGCGACCGACGCUGUAGAGCGUUUGAUUUGUGCUCCAGGGGUACGCUCUGAUACCCAGGUCCUGUUAACUUUGUACUUGAGAUGCUUAUCUCAGCCUCUCAGGAACCAGUUGGCAAAAGAGGCCAACAUCGAUGUGCACAACUUUCCUUCGUUUAGCAAGGUAGCCCUGGACCUUGAAGCAAAGAUAGGGCAUGGACAAACACCCACUACGGAAGGGAAAAAGAAGACACUGCCUCCCAACUGGAAGGCGAAGGGUCGCUUAAUGUUUGUCGACAAUGAUGGUUCAACCAUCGAGUUGGACGGCAACCUCCAGGAGGGAGUAGGUGCAGAGGCAGGUGGCGAUACUUCAGAGGGUGGAAUAGUCGCUGCGUGGACAGAUGAGUGUGAGGCUGCUUUCAGACAUCUGAAGCAUGCAUUGACGCACUAUGAAGUCUUGAAGCUACCCGAUUCUGAUAAGCCAUUUAUAGGAACCACGGAUGCUAGCCAGUAUGGCAUUGGCGCCGUGCUUGCGCAGCAGGAGGGGCCAAAGUUGAGGCCAGUUGAGUACAUGCCCAAGAAAAUGCCGUCUCAGAAGUUGGCUAAGUCUACUUAUGAGAAGGAACUCUAUGGGGUGUACAAGGCUCUCACCCAUUGGAGACGCUAUCUCCUUGGGCGGUUCUUCAUCCUCCGGACUGAUCAUCAGACCCUGAGAUGGACGAGAACACAACCGGUACUCUCAGAUGCUCUCAAGCGAUGGAUCGAAGUCAUUGAGGAAUAUGACUUUGACCCUCAGUAUCUCAAAGGGGAGUACAACAAGGUUGCUGAUGCCUUAUCGCGCAAACCGGACUUCUCAGGUCGCUGGUGUAGAGUCCAGCUAUGGCGCCCAGCGCUGCAGAAAAAGAAGGCAACGAAGAAGGAAACGACGAAGCAGGAAACCGCAGACAACGCCAUGUAUGGCACUGCAGAGUAUUUGCAAGCCAUAGGAAGUGUGAUCGCUCCUUGGGAAAAGGAAUCGCUCCUUGUGGUCCCCCCAGGUUCACCAGAGACUUUGUUAUCUUUGUCAUCAUUUGGUGGUGCCCACCUCGGUGGGGAGAUCAAUGCCGUGAAGAAGAAGCAGAAGCCCAAAAAGAAGAAGCGGGCGGUAGUUGCAGCUGUUUGCACUGCAGAUUCACCCUCCCCUAUUUCCGGUGCCAGCGUUGGAGGGAUGGGAUUUUCGGACAGUUUGUCUGGGGCGAGUGACAUGUCAGAAGGUGGAGCGGUUAGGCAGGCUGCAACAAUCGGUGCGGCGGCUGUUGUCAGUGUCUCGGUGGGGGGAGGUGGUGGAGGGUUGAAAGGUGGAGAUGGCAGUGGAGGAGGAGGAGGAGAGGGAGGAGGAGGGGGGGGAGGUGACAAUGUUCCCGGAAGCGACGGUAACUCCUCAUCCAAUGCGUUUGUCGACGACCAAGAGGAAGAAGAUGGAGCUCCAGAUGGGUCUGCUCCACAUGGGCCCGGGCAUGCAUAUGCGAGGCGAAGAGGUAGACCAUAUGUUGUUAAACCCCUAGCGUAUAUGGGGGCAACAACAGGGCCACUGGGUCAGACAGCAAGGGUUCCACCAGCAGUGAAUCUGCAGGAGGGUGUUGCAAGAACCUCGACGCCUGUGGCAAACGCUGGAACGGGAGGUGCAGGCUCAGGAGCAGGAACAGGGAGUGCGAUAACCUCUCCGAGGGCCUCGGCUCAGUCGCCAAGGAUGGGCCCAACUCGUGCUGUUGGACGGGUAGUUAAAGGGGCUUCUGCACCGACCAGCGGGCCAGUAGCGGCAUCAACGACGGAUUCAGCAGGAUCGCCUGUGGUUAUGGACUGGCUGGCAAGUAUAGUUCAUUCAUUCAGCAAACGGACGAAUGGUUUGGACUGGGAGAAAGAGAAGGAAAAGAUAGUGCAAGCCGCAGGAGAGGAGGUUUUGAAGUCGCUAAUGUCAAGAUCUGGGGACGAUGCGCUUGCUGUGCGUUCAGAAGUGAGCGCGUUGCGUCGACUUCAGCGAGAGGCAUUCAGCGACCAGCUGAAAACUAAGGACAGGAUUGAUAAGCUGGAGCAUUUCACAGGUCUACGGAAAGUCGCACAUCUGGGAGAGUCAAUGGCAGGUGGAGGAGCACUCGCUAGCCGAACACGUAUGCGUGGAGAUAUUGCAGUCGGUGCGGCUUAUCCUCUGUUGGAUGGGAGUGACGAGAAGGUCAGGCAGUCGCAAAAGCUCACUUUUGACCGAGUUGGUGCUCGAAUAGGCGUGGACGCACGGUUCACCUUUGAGACAGCCUUCCGCGGUGGCAAGGAUACUCUGAUUACCCAGUGCGUAUCAGGUAAGAAUGGUCAAGCCUUGGGGUCCUCGACAGUCGAUGGAGAUGCGCUGGUGGGACCGAUAACCGUGCGCAAGGUGGUGUAUUCAGCAGAGCUUGGAGAUAAUCUCAGUUUAAAGUUUUCACCUGUGGGUGCCGAUGGUGCAGAUAUCUGCAAUGCCUUGAACCCGUUGGAGGGCUACGGCCUGACAAAGUCCACUGCGGAAGGGCUACCGAUCCUGAAGAAGUGUCGGGGAUCGGCAGCGAGCGCCACGUUCAGGUUGAACGGAGCAUCGAUCACCACCGCUCAGUUCAUUGAUCGUGGGGCCACGGCCUUCAAUGGCGGCGGCAAUCAGCGGCCAAGCCAUGCCACAGUUGCACAAGUGACGCUGAGGCCGGAGGAGUGGUUGGUGGUCUCGCUGUCGGCAGUGAGCCAAUUCUGGGCUCCGGCAUCGAACAGAGACGAAGCAGGCACCCUGAGAACACCUCAGUGGGAUGACCAUGUGGUCCAGGACGAUGUCUUGGACGGAAGCGUCACAUCCAAGGUGAGCGUGCAGAAUGCGGACCCAAUCCCCUCAGCAGCAGCACCUGCGAGGUCGGGCCUUCGCCUGCCCAAGAUCGGUCCAGUGCCCGGAGGGCCAGCACUGCAGACCAUUGGCGCGGCCGCGGCCUGCGAUCUUGGAGGCAAUAUUACUAUGGCAAGUUGGGCUCAAUUCGAACGCGCCGAGUGGUUGUCGGAGAAGGAGAAACAACACGUGCGGUGGGGUCUGACUCUGUCGAAGGCACCUGGAUCAGUUGCAGGGAAUGGAAACGGAAACGGGAAUGGCAGCUCGACCGGCCUUGGUUGGGGAUUGAGCGUUGGAAGCAACGGUAUCCCGGAGACAGCCAGCAACAGUCAGUUGCCCCGCAAACUGUGGGAGGCGCCCCUUCAGAUGGAAGGGUUCUUGAGAAUUCAGUGUGCAAAGGGGUUCACAGUUUAUCCUGGAGUUGUCUGCACUACAGACGGGCGCGGGGAGUCCACUCCUGGCUUUGUUGUGCGGUCGCACUGGAGCCUGUGAAUGAAAGAAAAUUAAUCUAUUCAUAUUUCGUUGAAGCCUUCAAAUGAAAGGUCUGCUGUAGGAGCUUGCUUGCUGUUGAUUGUUUGCAUUUUGUGCGUGACGGGUUUUGCUGACUGACUGACUGACUGAUUGUUGAUUGCAUGUGUACUUUUGCCGUGUGCUUACUUAG